GUCAAACACCCGUAUGUACUCGCAGCUUUCUGUCCGGUACACAAGUGGAAACAUGUCGGGAAGGAGAGAGCCGAGUGGAGGAACUGUGUACAUGAAUUGCACACCUGAGACAUAAUAAACUGUAACGUGAGUCGGUCAGUUAGCAACUGCCAGGGCUACGUUAACGUUACUAUUUCACGGAAGCGGGUCAGUCGGGAUCGAAUGGACGGAUAAAGAGACAAACGAGGCUCGAUCCGAAGAAGUAGCCUAGCAGCAGGCAGGCGACCGGGGGCCGAGAAGAGAAGGACACCGUGUGCGUACUCAAGACAAGACGGGAUUGUGCCUUGCUAGGGGAUGUUAUCUGUACUGUCUUAUGGCAGACUGGUAGCCAGGGCUGUCCUGGGCGGACUCUCUCAGACGGACGGUCGGGACUACAGCCUGAUCAGCGCCAGUUAUGGGUUCGGUAAAGACUUUCGCAAGGGGAUCCUGAAGAAAGGCAUGUGCUACGGAGACGACGCCUGCUUCAUUGCGCGGCACAGGACUGCCGAUGUUUUGGGUGUUGCAGAUGGCGUAGGUGGUUGGCGUGACUAUGGCGUUGACCCGUCUCAGUUCUCCGCCACGUUAAUGAGAACCUGUGAGCGACUGGUGAAGGAGGGACGCUUCACUCCCAGUAAUCCAGUGGGUAUUCUGACCUCUGGCUAUUAUGAGCUUCUACAGAACAAAGUUCCCCUGCUAGGGAGCAGCACAGCCUGUAUUGUGGUACUGGACCGACGGAGUCACCAACUACACACGUGUAACCUCGGUGACUCCGGAUUCCUGGUGGUUCGGGGAGGAGAGGUGGUCCAUCGCUCAGACGAGCAACAGCACUAUUUCAACACACCCUUCCAGCUGUCCAUCGCUCCUCCAGGAGCUGAAGGGGUAGUGCUCAGUGACAGUCCUGAAGCAGCUGACAGCUCCUCCUUUGACGUGCAGCUCGGUGACAUCAUCCUGACGGCAAGUGACGGCCUCUUUGACAACAUGCCGGACUACAUGAUUCUUCAGGAGCUCAAAAAACUUAAGACAACAAACUAUGACAGCGUCCUGCAGACUGCACAGAGUAUUGCAAAGCAAGCUCACGACCUUGCCUACGACCCCAACUAUAUGUCCCCUUUUGCACAGUUUGCCUGUGACAAUGGCCUGAAUGUAAGAGGGGGGAAGCCAGAUGAUAUCACGGUGCUGCUGUCCAUUGUGGCUGAAUAUACAGACUAAAAGUGUGUGUGUUUGUGUAAGAGUGUUUGUGUGUGUGCGCUUUUCUGGCGCUGGUCCUUCCUUCCCGUCUGCCUGAGUCUUCCACCUGCAGUCUUCCCAAAAUGCACUGCAUCCUGUGGGCUGACAGGGGAGGCCCAACAACACGAUGCACACUCCUCGCUGCAGGGGCCGACGUCCAGACGUGUACAUAUUUUUUUUUUUUUUCUUCCAAUGUUUUGUUUUGGUGCUUAAACGGUUGAGGGGAAGCGGGCAGCUAGGACAUUUUCAUGUUGAUCAUGAUGCAGGAGGAGCUGAGUGCGACGGGGCUGAGGGAUGCCUUCUAGUCUCCCAUGUCUCAUUGAGUGUCAUCAACACUUCUUGGGUGAUGUGACUAAGAGACAGUGCAGGACGGUUUGCAUUGACUGAGGGCUUUAAAACCUGGUGGCCCUCAAGUACAAAAAAAGUGAUAUUUAAGCCAUGGUUCGGGAUUCUUCAGAGAGUAGUGACAGAGUUGACUAUUGAAUCCGGCUUUCUGUCUCUGUUGUUGCAGUUGUUAAUCUGUUUCUUGUUGUGUUUUGAACAAAGCAUAUAGACGGAGUGAGGAAAAUGAUGUUGGGAAUUGAUGGGCGUUUAAAGAGUGAGAUUUAAAAGGGUUUUUGGGUUUGGGAAUGUGAACAAUGGGAAAGCGAACUAGUAAUUGCUCACAUCAAAUAAAUCUGUAAAGGGAAACUAUAACACUGAGUUAGAGCUCGCAUGUGAAGAUUGAUCAGUUUUUGUCACUUGGCUGGGAGAUCCGUCAGAGCUAACAUCCUGAUGGGUUGUAAAUAUUUGUGUAUUUAGGGCUGCAUUCUGGCCAUUCAGUUGUCUUCGCUUUGGUCAUUAAAGCAAAAUGAAUAAAAAAGCUAUUUCUUUACUUUUGUGGAAGAUGUACACAUGCAAUCAUAAAUAUCUUUUCUUGUAUAGAUGUUGAUUUUGAAGUGAGCUUUAUCAAUCCCACACUUCCACUUGCGGAAAUGAACAAGAAGACAUUAGCUGAAAUAAUUCACUGCAGCAGUUGUGUGGAAGGAAGGAUGUUAAGUGUGUGUGUGUGUGUGUGUGUGUGUGUAGAAGGGGGUAUAUGUGAGAAGUUGUUAUUGAAAUGUGUGUAUUUAAUGUUUAUAUCUGUUAUUGCUGAACUAAAGCAAGCAUCUGGGAAUGCUUUCAGUUGCAAUUAUGGGUCAGGUGUGAAUUUAAAGUAAAAGAUGUAUUUUUUAAUGUUAUUUCAUUUUAAAAAGUAAGAGUUUGAAUUGUUGAAGUAUGUGUUGGAAUAUGUGUGAUGGAUGACAAAGAUCUAGCCACCUUAACAAGAAUCGUGUGUGAGAGAGAAUUUUGUUUUUAUUUCUCAGAUCCUUAUUUCCCUUGACAUUUGUUUGCUCGUUUUUAAUUCAGGUGUCUGUGUAUGACUUGACAUGAUCUAUAUGAACAUGGUCACCGUGCUUGUAAUGAGUGUGUGUGUGUGUGUAUAAACUUGUGCUGUAUCAAAUUAGAUUAAUCAGAGACACUAAUAAUACUGUUCUCUCCCAUAGUUGAACAGCUCACUGAAGUGGUUUGGACAACAUCUUUACAGUUUAAAAGCAGGUGCACCAAAUACACAUUUUCUUUGUGUAUGUCUUUAAGCUUUGUUCUUACAAACAUCAUACAGCAAUACUGUAAAUUCCUUGUGCUCUGAAUCGUGUGUGAUGGCCAGACGUGUGUGUGGAAAUGUUCAGAGGGACAUUAAAAUGUCUUUUCUAUGCCUGAAGAAUUUCUUGGUGUGUUGUUUGUUUUGUUUUUUUGCUCAGAACAAAAGUCGCAUCAUAUUUGUGGUUUAAGUUAUGUGCGACUGGUUGCAACAAAGUAUAAGACAGGUUUAUGAAACCAAAGAAGGAAAGCCAUAUAUAAACACAUGAUUAGGGUACUGCUCUGUAAGCCCUGCUGUAAAGAUAACAUGGUGUUUCUUACUCAUACACACAAUGGAGACAAUUAUAUGAAUACUAUCUGUCCUAGUUUUUGCAUGGUUUCUGUCUCAGCUUUUGGCACCAUUUUAGAAAGAUAAUUUCACACAUUUGCAGUCUGUUCUUGUUUUAGAAUGGUUUAUAAAGGUUCUGAACUUGUAUUUACUUUAAAGAUAGCCCUAUGUGUCAGAGAUGUAACCCACGUGCAGGAGGAAGGGUGGUGAGAUGGGUAAUGGUGCUGUGAACUUACAGCAUGAGGGUGAGCACAGUUUCAGCCUUAACAAAUAGCUAGACCUGUAAUCAAGAGGCCUUUCCUGUCAUUGCAAGCUUGUCUCGUCUCAGACGCGUUACCCGGUGUUUGAUGUAAAUGAAGUCUGCCCCUGUUUUUCUCCUAUGUAAAGCUGUUCUUAAAAGGUGCUUCUGCAGUCUGUAUGGUAUGAUUGUCCUUUUUAGCAAGCGAUGUUUGUGCGUGUGAAAGAUUAAUCUGUCUACAGUGUAACAAUGCAGGUCUAAUUUAUGUAAAUAUGUUUUAAAAUAUGUACAAUAUUUAAAUAAAGAAUCUAGUAUUUAUACUAAA